AAAAAACAGAACAUUGUUGAAAAUUCAAAAGAAAGUUUUUUAAGAAAAAUUUUCGAGAGACAAUCCUAUAAAUAGAAUUGUCUUGCUUUCGAACUUCGAGAUUGGUCCAUCGCGGGAAAAUUUUUUGCGCAAUUUUCUUAUUCUAAAAUUGGAGGAAAAUCUGUUCGAGUUUUUGGUGUUUCUAAAGAUACCUCAAGGUAAAGAAUCAAUAUCAUUGAGAAGAACCUAAAGUUUUGGAUAUUUAUAUUCAUUUGUUGGAUUCUUGUUUGAUAGAAAAUAAAGAAUCUGAAAAAGGGGUUUUGUUAUUUUUCCAUUGAAUUCUGUUAAUCUAAUAAAAGGUUUAGUUUUCUUUCAAAUAAAUAAAUAAAAAGGUUUAGUUUUGACAAAUGAAUGUGGUUGGUAAAGUUGGGAGUUUAAUUUCACAAGGUGUAUAUUCUGUUGCUACACCUUUCCAUCCUUUUGGUGGGGCUGUUGAUGUGAUUGUUGUUCAGCAACAAGAUGGGACUUUUCGAAGCACACCUUGGCAUGUUCAGUUUGGGAAGUUUCAGGGUGUUUUAAAAGGGGCUGAGAAGGUUGUUCGCAUAACUGUUAAUGGCAUUGAAGCGGAUUUUCAUAUGUAUCUUGAUAACUCUGGGGAGGCAUAUUUUGUAAGGGAGGUUGAUUCUGGUAAAGGAAUUGAGACAAAUGGAGAUUUGAAAGAUUCUGAUGGUGAAGUGAUGCAGUAUGACAGUAAUAAAAAUAUUGCUGAAUUUUGUAGACUUGAACAUAGUGUCUCAGAUUCCGAGGUGGCUCACUUGAGCGACAAAUGUGAUGCUGCAAGUCCAAAACGGCUUGAAAGGUCGGAAUCUGAUACUAGGUUCUAUGAAUUUCAAGAUGAGCAGUCCUCUCUAGAGGGAUCAGUUAAUUUGUCAGAAUUUGGGUCUGGCCGAUAUGAGGGUUUUGGUGAAGUACAAGAUUUAGUUUCAGAAGUUGUCCUGGUCAGUGUGGAUGGCCAUAUACUUACAGCCCCUGUCUCAGCAUCAGAACAGAGUACUGAAAAUGUGCAACUAGGCACACCUCAGUUCCAUCUAGGACCAGGUGAAGGACCUGACUUUUGUGAGGAUAAUGAGGAAUUUAGUUCAGGUGGCAAUGUUUGGGCUGCUGACUAUAUUAGUAAGCUCAAUUCAACAGCAGCAGCUAACGAUUUCUCUGAUAAUGUUUGCCACUUGAACAGUGAUUCUACUGCUUUAAGGCACCAUCUGGAAGUCUGUGAGGAAGGGGGGGAACAUGCCUGUCAAACUGAAGAAACUCAAAACCUUUCUAACCAUGAAAGUGAAUUUAACAGACAAAGCGAUGAUGAAGAUAUAUCUGUGCAUAGUAAGAAGGGGGAUAUUUUUAAGAGCUGCGUUGAACUAUCUGAAUUGGGUAGACAUGGUGAAAACAACGAUUCUGAAGAAAUAGAUAGCCCCUCAGAAGCUCAGAUUUCACAAGAUAAACCUUAUUGCAUUCUUCCAGACAUUGAUGAAUCUGGAUACGGAGCUGUUGGUGACCCCAUAAAUAAAUAUGUGUUUUCUUCCUAUUAUAGUCCCAAUUCUUCCUACAAUAAUGGAUCUCCUGAUUUACCAGUUGAGGAUGAACCUGUUGAAAAGAAAGUGUCAGAUAUGGAUUACAUGGGUUCUAACAAUGUGUCCGUUGAUUCUGCUGGUAAUGAUCCCGAAUCAAAAGAUGAACAGUCUGGUCCAUCGGCAGCAACUGAAGGGAUAAAUAGCAGGCAGCAAAGUCCUGAACCCGAGGAUAAGAGUAGCAAAAGUGGGAUUGUGGAAACUGAAACAACUUCUAGGAAAGAGAUAGAAACUCAUUCUACCCUGGGAUUUGAGAUCUCACUCUGUGGACAUGAACUUCAUGCGGGUAUGAGAUUAGAUGCUGCAGCAGAAGUAUUUGAAGCACACCGCAUAUCAGAGGAGGAAUAUAAAAAUAAUGCAAUGUCAAUUAUUAAGAAUGCAAACCUAAUCAUCCGAUUUGGAGAGAGGUACUUGCCAUGGGAAAAAGCUGCUCCUAUUGUUCUUGGAAUGGCUGCAUUUGAUUUAGAGUUAGCUGUUGAGCCCCAAGAUAUAAUCCCUGUUGAACAAGAUGAGUCGUCAAACCCAAAGGAUGAUGAUUCUAUAGUCACUCCCACAUCCUCUGGCCGCAGGUGGAGGCUCUGGCGUAUUCCCUUUAGAAGGGUCAAAACACUUGAGCACAAAAGCAGCAAUUCAUCUAGUGAGGAGGUAUUUGUUGAUACUGAACCUGGUCUACACAAUUCACGAUCAGAUUCAACUCCAGCAUUCAGUGGAAGGACUGAAUCUCCUCACAAGCAAUUUUUUAGGACAAAUGUUCCCACAAAUGAGCAGAUAGCUUCCUUGAAUCUGAAAGAUGGUCAAAAUAUGGUUACUUUCAGUUUCUCCACCAGGGUUCUGGGAAAACAGCAGGUUGAUGCCCAUCUCUACUUGUGGAAGUGGAACGCAAAGAUUGUAAUCUCAGAUGUUGAUGGAACUAUUACCAAGUCUGACGUUUUAGGCCAGUUUAUGCCUUUAGUUGGAAGGGAUUGGACACAAUCUGGUGUAGCUAAACUUUUCUCUGCUAUUAAGGAGAAUGGAUAUCAGCUGCUAUUUCUCAGUGCACGUGCAAUUGGUCAGGCAUAUCUAACCAGAAGUUUUUUACUCAACCUGAAACAGGAUGGAAAAGCUUUACCUAAUGGACCUGUCGUUAUUUCUCCUGAUGGUUUGUUUCCCUCAUUGUACCGUGAAGUGAUAAGAAGAGCACCUCAUGAAUUCAAAAUAGGAUGUUUAGAGGAUAUCAAGAAACUUUUCCCUUCUGACUACAAUCCGUUUUAUGCGGGCUUUGGAAACAGAGACACAGAUAAGCUCAGUUAUAGAAAAAUUGGAAUUCCAAAUGGCAAGAUAUUUAUUAUUAACCCAAAGGGUGAGGUGGCUAUUAGUCAUUUUAUUGAUGUGAGGUCAUACAUGUCGUUGCAUACUCUAGUUAAUGACAUGUUUCCACCAACCUCAUUGGUUGAGCAGGAAGAUUUUAACUCGUGGAAUUUCUGGAAAGUGCCAUUGCCGGAUAUCGAUUGAGAUAAUUCGUGGCUGAAAGGAUAGAGUUUACAUCUACCGACAAGAUGAUAUAAAAGUUCCUCGGAGAGAAGAUAAUAGAUAAUUCUAACAUUCUUCAAGCUUUUAACCUUGCUUCCACACGUUUAUAUUUAUUGGUGACCUUCAAAUGGUCCGUAAGAAGUCAUCUUGUAAUGAAUAGGUAGUUCAAAUGAAUAAAAUCAAAGCCAUUGCCUCCCAUAGCUGUAUGUACCUAUAGAUAUAGAAACAUUUGUUUGUUCAACUAUAUGAUUUAUUUACAGGAAACAAUAAGAUUCAAACUAGGAAGUUUCAAGCUUAAUUGCAGGGAAAAAAAAACAAUUAUUAACAUAUUAUUUCUUUU